AUGGUGAUAGUCAAACCUAAUAUCCCAGACGGCCCUUCAGUAAUUCCACCUGCGCACGUUAAUAACACACAUAUUAGCCCCUCCUUAGCCCCAGAAACGCCAGAUUCUUUUAGGCCAGCACUGAAAUGCGGUCCUCUUAUCCGCUAUCACGGCGCGGACUACUCAACUGAUCCCGCGAGACCCCCAGCUCUAUGGCGUGGCAGUGUUCUUGUUGUAACUGAAUCACAAUGUGUCCCAAUAUUUGGCCUAGAGGUUCUAGGGAAUAAUGUAGGACAGCAAACCAGGAGGACACCAGCAUUGUCUCCUGGGUUGAAGCUAUUCGAUGAGCGCGGGAGAGCAUUCUGGAGAUUUAUAAUUGAGGUUGUGAUGGUGAAGGAGGAACAGAAGGUGGAAUAUAUCGUCAGUUUUGGUAGUAAUGAAGUGUUGAAGAGAGCUUUUUGGGUCCCAGGAAAGGACGAUAGUAUGAGAAUUAUGUUCCAUUCUUGUAACGGUUUCUCCGUCGGUACUGACGAGGCUGACUACUCGGGCCCUGCUCUCUGGAACGAUGUCCUUCGCGUCCAUUCCGAGCACCCAUUCCAUAUCUCAAUCGGCGGCGGAGAUCAAAUAUACAAUGAUGGAAUCCGAGUCAACGGCCCGCUCAAAGAUUGGGCUAGCCUCGGGAGCGCCUCCAAGAAACGGGCCUAUCAAUGGAGCGAGCAGCUCGAGGCCGAUGCGGACGAAUGGUAUUUCAACAACUAUGUUGAUUGGUACAGUACUGCACCUUAUUCACACGCAAACUCACAGAUACCGUCCGUAAAUAUAUGGGAUGACCAUGAUAUCAUUGAUGGAUAUGGUAGCUACACGGAUCGUUUCAUGAGCUGCCCUGUGUUUAGGGGUGUCGGAAAAACUGCGAGGAAAUAUUACAUGCUUUUUCAACACCACACACCACCGACGGGGGAAGAAAAAGAGGACCCCUGCUGGAUUAUCGGGAAAACUCCUGGGAGGUAUAUCGGGGAUACUUCAAGAUCUGUGUAUGCCCGACUAGGUAAAAGGAUUGGGUUCGUUGGGGUCGAUGCAAGGAGCGAAAGAACAAGACAUAUGAUCAACGAGCGCGAAACCUACGACCUCCUCUUUGAGCGCAUGGAUCGUGAGGUCGAAGAAGCAGGUGAUAUUCGCCACAUGAUCAUCCUACUUGGUGUACCAAUCGCCUACCCGCGGCUUGUUUGGCUUGAGAACAUCCUUCAAUCCCCUCUCUUCGGAUUCAUACGUUUCCUCAACAAGCGGUUUGGCGCAGCUGGGGCCAUUUUCAACAAGUUUGAUGGACAAGUCGAUAUCCUUGAUGACUUGGACGAUCAUUACUGCGCAAGACCACACAAGGAAGAACGUAACGCAUUCUUGCUACGAUUACAGAAAUUUUCAUUGGAGAAACGAGUGAGGAUAACGAUGUUGAGCGGAGAUGUCCAUUUGGCAGCAAUCGGAAGGUUUUAUUCGAAGCCGGAACUAAAUAUACCAACAGCCAACGACCAUAGGUAUAUGGUGAAUGUUAUUUCUAGCGCCAUUACGAAUAAGCCGCCGCCAGAAGCGGUCAGCAAUAUUUUGGCCAGAAGGAACAAGCUCCAUCACCUGGAUAGCUCCACCGACGAGCAGCUCCUCGAUUUCUUUAACAAAGAUGUUUAUGGAAAGCCUCGCCAGAGAAAUAUGAACACAAUGCCGUCCAGAAACUAUUCAGUAAUCACAGAGUCUCCAAUCAUCUCAUCCCGUACUAACACUGAUACCCACCCCAAAACCGAGGUUGGUGAGAAGCCAAAAAGGAAGAAAACAAACACCAUAGGAGCUGGUGAGCAUGGAGCUGGUGCGGAACAUCCAGCAGCAACCGCAGAGGGGGGUAGAGACCAUUCCAGGUGCAUUGAAUGUUGCCAUAAGGGUUGA